AGCCGCAGACGCAGCUGAGAAAUGUCCCCGGGGAAAGAGCGGGUCCCGUGGGGCCAAGAGCUGCUCCGCCGUAGUUCCUCCGGGAUCGGGAUCGGGACCGCGUAGUUGGUGCCACUAGCUCGGGACUGGUGGGGCAGGCCUCGCAAGUCCCGAGUUUCUCAGGGGCCUUCUUUCGGAAGGGGCGGGGGGCGGAGGGUCACCUUUUCAGGUGCGGCUGCUGUUGCCCGCUUGCAGCGCGGGGGUCGGGGUGCGGGACGCCCCUCCAGGCCCCGGAUCUGCGGUGCGUCUCAGAGGGUGCUCGGCCUCUCCGGCGGGGCGGCCUCCGGGCCUCGGAGCCCGGCGCUAGGGGCUCUCCCGAGCGUGACGGGGUCCGGCCUGGGGUCCAGAGGCCGCAAGGAGGCGGGUGUCCGCAGGCAGGGCCACUAAGGGAGCGGACCAGCGGUGGCGGCGACGACUCUGCAGGGAGAGAGAGAUGGCACGUCUGGACCUAAAGCCAAGAAAUCAACAGUAGAGCAUCAGGACAUUUUCAAAGAAGGUACAUCCCAAGGAAUAAACGCAGAAGAACUUAAAAAGAGAAAGUCUGUACUGGGCGAUACCUGGAAAUCUAGAGAACAGUUUAAAUAUCAGCACCUAAACCAGGAGAAGUAUCUGGGACAAGAUAAAGUCACCUGUAUGGAAAUUCCUGCCAAAGAAGGAGAUACAGAAUCUAAUGAAUUUGGGACAGUUUUCAUUAUACAAUCAAUAGUUUCAGAGCAGAGUGAUCCUAUAGAAGAGUGUUUUCAUGAACAUGUUUCACAUGGAAAAAUCUUAAAACAAAACUCAGACUUAAUUAUACAAUGGAAGUGUGAUGGAAAGAAACCUUGUAAGUGUAGUGGAUGUGGGAAAACCUUCAGAGACCAUGCUACUCUUGUGCAACAUGAAAGAACUCAUACUGGAGAGCGACCCUAUAAAUGUAAUGUAUGUGGAAAGGGAUUUAACCAGAGUUCCCACCUAACAAACCAUCAGAAGACUCAUACAGGAGAAAGGCCCUACAAAUGCAAUGAAUGUGGGGAGGCCUUCAGUUAUUGCUCAGUCCUUAUUCAACAUCAGAGAAUCCAUAGUGGGGAGAGACCAUAUGAAUGUACUGAAUGUGGCAAGACAUUCAGUCGUAGCACAUAUCUUACUCAGCAUCAAAGAAUUCACACUGGUGAGAAGCCCUAUAAGUGUCUGGAAUGUGGAAAGGCUUUUAGCCAGAGCACCCAUCUUACCCUACAUCAGAGAAUUCUUACUGGAGAGAAGCCUUAUGAAUGCAAUGAAUGUGGUAAAACCUUCAGUCAGAGUGCACACCUUACUCAACAUCAGAGAAUUCAUACAGGAGAGAAGCCCUAUGAAUGUAAUGACUGUGGGAAAGCUUUCAGUGAUCACUCAGCUCUUAUUCGACAUCAUACCGUCCACACUGGGGAGAAACCUUAUGAAUGUAAUGACUGUGGGAGAGCUUUCAGUUACUGCUCAGACCUCAUUCAACAUCGGAGAAUGCAUACUGGAGAGAAACCAUACGGAUGCAGUGUAUGCAGGAAUGCCUUUAGCGAUUGCUCAGCCCUUAUUCAGCAUCAAAGAAUUCACACUGGAGAGAAGCCCUAUGAGUGUAGUGGGUGUGAGAAAGCCUUUGGUAACUACUCAGCUCUUGUUCGACAUCAGAGAACUCAUACUGGAGAGAAGCCCUAUAAAUGUAAGGAAUGUGGAAAAACCUUUAGCAGAAGUACAUACCUUGCUCAACAUCAGAGAAGUCAUACAGGCGAUAAGCCAUAUAAAUGUAACCAAUGUGAGAAAACUUUCACCCAGAGUUCAUUCCUUACACAACACAUGAGAGUUCAUACCGGAGAAAAACCCUACAAAUGUAACGAAUGUGGGAAAGCUUUCAGCGAUCGCUCGGGGCACAUUCAGCAUCAGAGAACUCACACUGGAGAGAAGCCCUAUGAAUGUAAUGAUUGUGGGAACGCUUUUAGUUUCUGUUCAGCUCUUAUUCAACAUAAGAGAAUUCAUACUGGAGAGAAGCCGUAUAAAUGCAAGGACUGCAGAAAAGCCUUUAGCAAUAGGUCAGCACUUAUUCAACACCAGAGAACUCACACUGGAGAGAAGCCCUAUAAAUGUAAUGUAUGUGGAAAAGCCUUCAGUCAGAGUACAAACCUUACAAAUCACCAGAAAACUCAUUCUAGUGAAAAAUCCUAUAAAUGCAGUGAAUGUGGAAAAGUCUUUAGUUACUGCCCAAGCCUUAUUCAACAUCAAAUCAUUCAUACUGGAGAGAAACCUUAUGAGUGCAGUAAAUGUGGCAGAGCCUUCAACCGGAGGACAGACCUGAAAAAACAUCAGAAAACUCAUACUGAAGAGAAACUCUACAAAUGUAAUGACUGUGGAAAAGCCUUCAGCCAGAGCACAUAUCUUACAAAACACCAGAAUGUUCAUAGUAGAGAGAAAGCAAAUAUACAUACUGAGUGUAGGAAAGCCUUUAGACAAAACUCAUCUAUUCGACAUGAAAAAUCUCCCACUGGAGAGAAAUCCUCUGAAUGCCUUGAGAGUCUGGUUACUGUGGAGACCCUUCCCAGGGAAACAGAAGGAUGAUCGUUAACUAGAGUGGCCACAUGGUCUAGUGGGAAGAGCACGUGUCUGGGUUUUAGAGGUCCCGGGUUCUAAUUUCGGCUCUGUUGCCAACUAGGUCUAUUCUUACUUUGGGAUAAGUCACUUUACCUCUUCAUGCCUUAAUUUACUCAUGUGAAAAAUUAGAAGGCCUGAUUAAUUGACCUUUAAGAUCCACCUUUAUUUUAUUUAUUACCAAUGCAGGUUUUUAUAGAUGUGACUCAAAUUGUGAUUCGUUUAUUCUACAACAGUCUGAUUUACAGUGUGAGGAUGUAGUAGGCAUUGGGAAUUCAAUAAAAAUAUAGACUACAUGCUAUUUGUUAUCUGUGUAUUGGUCCUCCAAACUUAAAAUACCAGGAGUAUUCGAGGAGAUUAGAGAUAAAGUACUACAAAUUAUGCUAAUUAUUGCAGUAGGAAGGCUGGGGUCUUGGUUAAGAAUAUGGUGUUUGGUAAAACCUCAAAAAGAAUGAAUCAAUUUGUUGGUAAAGGCUGGGUUACCUAGAAUCCACCCAAAUUUAAUGUUGUAAUAUAAAUUUUCUCUAUUAAGUUGAAUUGGUUGCUAUCAUGUCCUAGGUGAAAAUGAACUAGACAACAGUUCUAAAGUCUUGAGCAGGUUACCAAGAAAAGGUGAAAUUGGAAAAUGCAUUUGUUGCUUCUAUACCUUAACUAUGUAAAUACCAUGUGAAUGAGAAUAAAUUUUGAGAUAUUAUA